AUGCCUGGAGAACGAGCAAGUCGGGCCCUGGAACAUGAAUUUCUUGCAAAAUCGAGGUUCCUCCACUUACAGCAAAAGUUAGAGCAGACAACGUGGGAGGAAACUGCAUUACAGGAUUGCCCAGAAAAGGAACGACUUUCCGAGAGAUUGAAAGACAGAGAAUUGGAAGGACCACAACUGGAAGAAGCAGAAAGUUGGAGUUUGAAGAGACAAACUCAAAGGGAGCAUUUGGAGCAUGAUCAACAAGAUGAGGAAAAUAAACUUGAAGAUCAAGAAAUUGCAUCCAACAAAUAUAUAUUGGAUAAAACUAUGGAGAUGCAUUGCCCUCCAAAGCCAGAAUCUUACACUAUGACACCCAUUAGCUAUUCCAAAGUAAAGCUGCCCAAAAUAAAUCUGGAGAAUUAUGGAAUGGACUUGAACAGCGAUGACUCGACAGAUGAUGAGGGGAUACCACGCAAACCAAUCCCUGCCUGGGCUAGCGGUAAAGAACUAAAGCAGGCACUGAUAAUGCAGUUUUAUCAUCCAUUUAACUUGGACAAACUCUUUUGUGUCAUUGAACCUCCCAACCUCGAAGCCAUCUUCAGCAAAAGGAAGCCACGUUACUUAGAACGGACAAGUUCUGCAAUGUGGCAUUCACCACCUGGAUCAAACAGCUUUCUGAACACAGCCUAUGAUUUUGUGAAACACUGAACUAUCCCUGUUGUGAUGAUUUACAAAAACAUUUUAAGUACUCUAAGAAGCCAACAAUCUUCUAGUUUGCUUUGAUAUUUUAGCUAUCCUAUUUUAUUUAACUGACCUCCUAACAACUGAAAAGUAUGAGGCAAAGAACCAUUAGCCAUUUCCCAAAGUUGUUGAUUGUUUAGAGGAUUUUGCAUUUUAAGUUUGCAAAUUUUAUAUUAUGAUCACCUUUAAUUGACUUAGUUUUGUGGCUAAGAUCAAACACCUUUGAUUUUUUGGAAGAUUCUUGAAUGACAUAUUAUAUCAUGUUGGAAAUAGCCAGUCAUUUGGAUAGAGUACAUACAAUGUCCAUUUUCUUCCCUGUGCAAUGUUAACCAAUCCCAGUUGAGGUUGUGAUCAAGUGUUGAGGUGGGUUUGGUGUUAAGAACAAAAUAAAUAAC